UGCCUCGAGGCUGGCCAUUACUGCUACUGGCCCUGUUGCUACUGUUUGGAUUGGGACAUCUGCAAGUGAAUCCAGGCGUAUGCCGCUACCCUCUGGGGAUGGCGGGGGGACAGAUCCAGGAUGAGGACAUCUCAGCCUCCAGCCAGUGGUCCGAGUCCACAGCGGCCAGAUAUGGCAGGCUUGACUUUGACGAUGGCGAUGGGGCAUGGUGCCCAGAUGUGAUGGCGGAGCAUGAGCCCCUGAAGGAGUUCCUGCAGAUCGACCUGCGCACACUGCACUUCGUCACCCUCGUGGGCACCCAGGGGCGCCAUGCCGACGGCGUGGGCAACGAGUUCGCCCAACGCUACCGCAUCAAAUACAGCCGAGAUGGCACCCGCUGGGUGUCUUGGCGAGACCGCAAAGGGAGACAGAUCAUUGAGGGGAACAGAAACGCUUAUGAUGUGGUGCUAAAAGACUUGGAGCCUCCGAUCAUCGCUCGCUUUGUGCGCUUCAUGCCUGUCACAGACCACUCCAUGAUUGUGUGCAUGAGGGUGGAGCUGUACGGAUGUGAAUGGCUGGAUGGCCUUGUGUCCUACAGUGGUCCGAAUGGUCAGGAGAUGACACUGAAAGGCCAACGGGUCGACCUGAAUGACUCAGUGUAUGACGGGGCUGCGGGCUACAGUCUGACAGAGGGCCUCGGUCAGCUGACUGAUGGCGCCUGGGGCCUGGACGACUUCUCUCAGAGCCAAUUUUAUGGUGUGUGGCCAGGAUAUGACUAUGUUGGUUGGACAAACGCCAGCUUCCCUAGUGGAUAUGUGGAGAUGAUUUUUGAAUUUGACCGUGUGAGAAACUUCUCUUCAAUGAAGGUUCACUGCAACAAUAUGUACACCUGGGGUGUGAGAAUAUUCCGGCAAGCGACGUGCUACUUUCGCUCAGAGUCAGACUGGGAGCCCAAUCCCAUGUUAUUCCGACCCCGUGUGGACAAGAUCAGCCCUAGCGCUCGCUUUGUCACUGUUUCCCUUGGCAACCGCAUGGCUAGUGCCAUUAGGUGUCGCUUUGCUUUCAGUGACGCCUGGAUGAUGUUUAGUGAAAUUGCGUUUCAGUCAGAUACAGCAGCGUAUAAUACUUCCUUGGUCCCUCGCAAACGAGGCCACGCAACAGGCAUCCUGCCAGGAGAUGAUCCUACACAUAAGAUUGAUGACAGUAACACAAGGAUUUUGAUUGGCUGUUUGGUUGCCAUCAUUGUCAUUUUAAUGGCCAUCAUCAUCAUCAUCCUGUGGCGUCAGGUUUGGCAGAAGAUGCUUGAGAAGGCCUCGCGUCGCAUGCUUGAUGAUGAACUGACUGCACGUCUGUCAGCCCAAAGGGAGGCUUUUUCCUAUCGCCGCUCCUCUCUAUCUAGUGAGGUGGAGUCCAGCUCCACGUAUGAGAGGAUCUUCCCACUCGGAUCUGAUUAUCAGGAGCCGUCUCAUCUGAUCAGGAAGUUGCCCGAGUUCUCCCUGUCCACAGAGGAAGCUGAAGAAGACAAAUUAGGCGCAUUACAGGCAGGUGGUCCGGCUGAUGAUAAUGCGCCCCACUAUGCAGAGGCCAACAUAGUGAGUGAGGCCAAUGUAUCCAGCGGCAGCACCAGCUACUCCAUGGCUGCUGUGUGCCUGGCCAUCCCCCCUGGCAGGGAGGGCGCCCUGGAGGAGUUCCCCCGGGACCAGCUCACCUUCAAGGAGAAACUCGGGGAAGGACAGUUUGGGGAGGUCCACCUGUGUGAGGCAGAGGGCAUGCAGGAUUUCUUGAAGGAAGACUUUGGAGGCAAUGGCGACAAACCCAUCUUAGUGGCAGUGAAGACCCUGAGAGAGGACGCCAACAAAAAUGCUCGGAAUGACUUCCUGAAGGAAAUCAGGAUUAUGUCUCGCCUGAGAGACCCCAACAUCAUCCGCCUCUUAGCGGUGUGUGUGGAGAGUGACCCCCUCUGCAUGAUCACAGAGUACAUGGAGAACGGAGACCUCAACCAGUUUCUCUCACGCCACGAGCUCAAGAAUGAGCCUAUUGACCCUGGAGAAGUGCCAACAAUCAGUUACAGUACUCUGUGUGGUAUGGCCACCCAGAUUGCCUCUGGCAUGAAGUAUCUGUCCUCACUCAACUUUGUGCACCGGGACCUGGCCACACGCAACUGCCUGGUGGGGGAGAACAACACCAUCAAGAUAGCUGACUUUGGCAUGAGCAGGAACCUGUACAGAGGGGACUACUACCGGGUGCAGGGACGGGCGGUCCUGCCUAUUCGAUGGAUGUCUUGGGAGAGCAUCCUACUGGGUAAGUUCACAAUGGCAAGUGAUGUGUGGGCCUUCGGGGUGACACUGUGGGAGACUCUGACCCUGUGCAAGGAGCAGCCAUACUCCAACCUCUCAGACGAGCAGGUCAUCGAGAACACAGGGGAAUUCUUCAGAGACCAGAAUAAACAAGUGUAUUUGGCCAAACCAUCCUGCUGCCCUGACCCAGUUUACCAGCUCAUGCUUAGCUGCUGGCGGAGGAAUGCUAAAGAGCGGCCCACUUUCACAGAGAUCCACAGCACCCUCCUGGCAUGUCAAGAGUAAAGGGAGAGGCCUGGUGGAUAUUUGUCACGUAUAUGCUGAAAGCAGGAGGAGAGUUCAGAUAAAUGUACAUAGUAGUAGGCCUACUGAGAAAUACAGUAUACCUUUCAUUGCCAAAGGUGAAACGUUGGACAGGUUUUCUUUUUUUCCUGAUGCCAUGCUCAAUGUAGCGAGGAGGAAGUGCAUGCCCAGAUCGUGCCUAAGUCACCCCUCUGGUGCUUCACCAGCAUGUAGUAGAUGUACAUUGUUGUUUAUAUAAAGAUAUCCUAUAUGCAGAACAUUAUUUUGAUGAUAGUAAACAAAUAUUAUUUAAACAAACAAACCUUGUAAAUAUGCAAAUGUAUUGAUAUUAAUGAAAACAUAUUACAGUUUGUGU